AUGGCUACUUUGUCUGCUGGAGGUAAUGAUAUUGAUUUCAAAGGUAUACUCUUCAAUUGUAUCCUCGAAACUACGGAAUUUGGAGGAACCCCUACAAAGCCAUGCGACCAGCAGAGACAGGAUACUCAUACUAUCCUUCAAAGCCCAGACCUAAUUAACAAGGCUGAUCAUCUCAUUAAGAAGAUUGACACCAAGGUUUUCAACGAGGAUGAUCCCGGGGGUGUUGUGUUGAUUUGGAAUGUGGAUGUCGCUCCUGGUAGAGAGAUUCCGACUGAAGCCUGA